AUGAGAGAAAACGUUAGAGGAGGGUCCGUUGGAAUUUUAAUUGUAUUACAAUGCAAAGAAGAUGGAAAGGAAUACCUCUUAUUAGUUGAACAACCAAGAAUUCCUAUUGGAAAUUUACACUCAUUAGAACUUCCAGCCGGAUCCAUAGAUGACAAUGGAAAUUUCUCUGGAGUGGCUGCGAAAGAAGUCAAAGAAGAAACUGGGAUUGAAAUUAAGGAGACAGACCUUAUUGACCUCACAGAAUAUUGUUUCGAACCAAGCACCAAGUUUUCUGGACAUUUCAUGAGUCCAGGAGGUUCAGAUGAAUUUAUGAGGUUUUUCUUGUACAAAACACAAAUGACAAGAGAAGAGAUUAAUGCAUUGAAAGGAAAGAUGACAGGAUCUGAGCAUGAAAAUGAAAUCAUACAUCUCAAAGUAUUAACUAUUGAUGAAGCAGUGAAAACGUCACCAGAUGCCAAAUUAUUGGUGGCUCUUUUCAUUUACAACCGCUGGCAUGAAAGCAUGGUUGCUUCCAGCAAAUGCUAA